ACAGUACCCCGACCAACAGCACCACCGCCGACGACGUCCUUCUCUUCGACACGAAACCCGGAAGCCGAAAUCGUUCGCCAUGUCCGACAACAAGAGCCACCGCCUUUACGUCAAGGGCAAGCACAUCAGCUACCAGCGCGGAAAGCGCAACACCAACCCUGGCACAUCGCUGCUGAAGCUCGAGGGUGUUGACAACGUCCAGGACGCCAACUGGUAUCUCGGCAAGAGGGUCGCGUACGUUUACCGCGCACAAAAAGCGAUCCAAGGCUCAAAGAUUCGCGUCAUCUGGGGAAAGAUCACCCGCCCCCACGGAAACUCCGGUGUCGUACGCGCCAAGUUCAAGAACAACCUUCCUCCCAAGUCCUUCGGUGCCUCCGUCCGCGUCAUGCUGUACCCUUCUUCGAUAUAAACUUCCGUUAACGAUUUCUGGGGACGGGACGCAAUGAUAGAACAAGCGAUGGGGUAGUGUGGACGACUUAGGCGCAAUACCGGACUCGGAGCGAGAGAACGAUCCGUAAGUGGGAGACACACAUGCACAGUCUCUCACAAAAGGCAUGUUCAGGCUGGCUCAACGGUGUCCUUGGUGUUCUUGCGAGUCCAUAACGAUGGCAAAUUCAAUCGAGAAUCUUCCCAAGAUCAAUGAUAAAAGAUCAAGCUCCUAA